AAGUCAUCGCUACUGACAAUUCGCAACGAGCUCAUGAUUGGAAGAUUUUGCUUCUCCAAGGUCGUCUAUCAGCUUAGUAUUAGGGAAAAUUUACACUUUCAGUCGUGGUAUUAUUGACACUGCAUAAAUAUAAGCGUGUUCGAAACAUCCCUGCUUCCUUCUCUCAAUAUUCGAUCGAUUCGUUUGGGUGGCAGUCCCGGUGUUUGACAAUCAAUGGAUUUAUGCCUCUUGCAUGCUGAUGCGCCGACAGUGGUCGUCGAUCAGAGACGGGCCAGCUGGGCUGCCCCCAGUACAGAAAAGAUAAAACCAUUCAAGAUAGGAGGACGAGGCGUAUGCAUGAGCCCGUUGCCAGAAAUCUCAUCAACAACAGCAGAAUCCCCUCCUAUGCCAUGGUUCGGAAUCGACAUCGGAGGAUCCUUAGUAAAAGUAGUUUACUUUGAACCAACAGAUGAUUCUAAAGAAUCAAAAGAUCAUGAAAACUUAAAAACAUUUGUGAAAGGCAGAGCUGCCUAUUGCAACACUGGCACCAGAGAUGUUCAUUUGCAGAUGGACAAUGUGAUAGUGAACAACAGGCUGGGGUCUCUGCAUUUCAUCCGCUUCCCCACGAGCGAGAUGAAAGUGUUUCUCCGACUCGUCAAAACCAAAGAGAUUGCUUCCGUUUCCAGCACAGUGUGCGCCACAGGAGGCGGGGCUUUCAAGUUCGAAGAUGACUUCCAAAAGGAGCUUCUGUUUAAAAUUCACAAGUUUGACGAGAUGGAUUCCUUAAUCCGAGGUAUUCAGUUCGUGGAAAAGAACUACCCGAGGGAAUGCUAUUAUUGGAGUCAUCCUGUAGACGAUAAACGAUGCAGAAAAGUACCCUUCGAUUUCAGCAGUCCAUAUCCAUUUCUGGUCGUCAACAUUGGCUCUGGAGUCAGCAUACUAGCAGUGUAUUCCGAAAACGAAUACAAGCGAAUCACAGGAACCAGUCUUGGAGGCGGUACUUUCCUGGGACUCUGCUGCCUUCUGACAGGCUGUGAAACUUUCGAAGAAGCCAUCUCCUUAGCAGAAGUCGGCGACAGCACAAACGUUGACAAGUUGGUGAAGGAUAUUUAUGGAGGAGAUUAUAUGAAGUUCAACCUCAGAGGAAACACAGUUGCAAGCAGCUUUGGCCAUAUGAACAGCAAGAAGAAGCGAGAACAAGCUUCCAAAGCAGACCUUGCAAGAGCGACCCUCGUUACCAUAACCAAUAAUAUAGGAUCCAUAGCUAGGAUGGCCGCUCGAAAUGAGGGUAUUCAAAGAGUUGUUUUCGUCGGAAACUUCCUUCGAAACAACACCAUAUCCAUGAAACUCUUAGCAUACGCCAUGGAAUUUUGGUCCAGAGGAGCUCUGAAAGCAUUGUUUUUAGAACACGAGGGAUAUUUUGGAGGCGUGGGAUGCCUUCAAGAACUCAUGAGAGAAUCCUGAUCAAAUGUACAACUUUUUCAUCUUUUUGUAACAUGAAUAUAUAUUUUUGUAGCAUAACUUGAUUUCUGUAAAUGUUCAACUUUAUAAAUAAAGUAACAUUUUCUUUUUA